GUGGGAGAUGAGGGAACUGACGUCACGCAGCAACCCGGAAAGCAGCCCAGACAAUAAGAGCUACAGCUUUGGCCUCCUUGACACCUCGCUACUGACUUAUCGACAAGGACCACAGUGAGCAGAAUGGCCAGUGACUGGUUGGGUAGCGUUGUGUCUAUAAACUGUGGGCUGACGUUGGGGGUUUAUCAGGGAGAAGUGUCAUCUGUCAAUCACACCAGCCAGACCAUCUCCCUCAGACAGCCUUAUCAUAAUGGCACCAAGUGUCCUGUCUCUGAGGUCACGUUCAGUGCCAUGGAUAUCAAGGAGCUGAAGUUCCUAGAUAUCCAGAAUACAGUCAACAAGCCCAGUUCUGGUCAGGGGGCUGCAAGAGGACCCAGCCUCACAUCAGCAGGACAGCGUGGCCAAAGUAACAGAACCACUCGCCCUCCUGUGACAAGCAGCAGCACUCACUCCGACAUUCCUCCAAUCACCAUCCUACACAGAGCCUCUACAGGUUCGUCCAAAAGUAGAGGGGUGACGCAGGCCACACCCAAGAAGAACAGUGCAAGAAAUGGAAACACCUCUGGGUUGGCGAGGUCAAAGGAUGACGAGUGCUUCGGAGGUGGGACCGAUGAGGAUCUGGACACUGACUUUGACUUCGAGGGAAAUUUGGCUCUGUUCAACAAAGCCGCUUUCUUCUCCCAGAUCAAUGGGACCGGUAGCCAUGGCAGCAGGACACAGCCUCACAGCACACAGGUCCAACAGCAUUCGCCGUCCUUUCGCCAUGAUGAGAAUAUCCUGGAGGGGAAGCCUGUCAUAUACCGACAGAUAACAGUGCCCCAGCAUGGGGGUAAAGAGUACUGUACCGACUCAGGCCUGGUGGUUCCCAGUGUGACCUAUGAAUUUCAUCAGCAUCUACUAGCCACUGCAGAGCGUUGGGGCCUGACUCUUGAGCGAAGGCUGGAGAUGAUCGGUGUCUGCUCCAGUCAGAUGGCUCUCACAUUGCUGGGUGGACCCAACAGACUCACCCCAAAAAACGUCCACCAGCGGCCCACUGUGGUUCUCCUGUGUGGGCCCCACCUCCAGGGAGCCCAGGGCAUCAGCUGUGGCAGACACUUGGCCAACCACGGAGUGGAGGUCAUUCUUUUCCUGCCCAAUUUUGUCAAGAUCCAGGAGGCGGUAACCAGUGAGGUCAACCUCUACAGCAGGACCAGUGGCCAGCAAGUGGCAAGCAUUAAAGACCUUCCUGCUAGCCCAGUCGACCUGCUCAUCAACUGCCUGGACUGUCACGAGAAGCCACUGCUGAAAGAAAAGCCCUGGUACCAAUCAGCAGCUGAAUGGGCCAACCAAAACCGGGCCCCGGUCCUCAGUAUCGACCCUCCUGUCGGCGAGCAGCAUCAGACUGUCGAGGCGAAGUGGACUCUCUCUUUAGGACUUCCUCUUCCUUUAGCUGAGACGGACAGCAGAGUCUACCUCUGUGACAUUGGCAUCCCUAAACUGGUGUUCCAGGAAGUUGGAAUCCGCUACCUCUCGCCCUUUGGAUGUAAAUUUGUCAUUCCUCUGCACCGAGCAUAACAGAAUACCCUCUCCCUUCUCAUUACACUUAGAUACAAUUGCAUAAAUAACUAUUUGACCAAAACAAUACACAAUUAUACAUUUUUUACAACUUCAUGAGACGGUAAGGGGCAUCAUGUGAAACACGGAUCUGUGCUUGUGCUCUGUGUUUGUCCUCUUACUGUGUUGCCGCAUGUUGCGUGCGACACCUUGUUUUUGAAAGGGGAAAGGUUUCCUGUUCUUUGUUGUGUUUUUGAUAAGGGCUCUGUGACUAUGUGAUUAUGUUUACAAAAUGCUGACCACUGUGGGUCUGUCUGUGACCUCUGACACCGUGACAAGUCACAGCAGCAGAGACUCAGUUCCUGUUUCCUCCUUUAAAUUGCAUGUGGAGUCUGGUGCUGACCCGGGGAACUGAAACAAAGCUCAGACUAAAUCUGCCAGUCAUGAGCCCCGAAGUUGAUCUCCAUGUCCAUGUCUUUCAAUUUAAUAGAUUUUCUCUUUUUAAUAAUCACAAACGGAUGCGUUUGUAGCAUUUCACUGAAGAUAUGGUAUUAUACAGAAUUUAUAUUUGUAUUUUUUUGAAUAUACCUCAGGGCUAUUGUUUGGAAUUCUUUAUAUUUGCAUUAGAUUGUCCUCUUCCUGCUCUGCUGGUCGUUUUGAAUUAAUAGCCACUGACACUGAAAAUCCGAAGUGGUAGCAGACACCUUGGAGGAUUUAUUUUCUGUAUAAGAAUAAGAAUUUGAAGCACGCACUCCAAGCACCAAAAAACCAUCUUGGUCCAAGUUCCUCUCCAGGGAUUAAAGCUUGUUAUAUGUAGGGAAACCUACUUGUUAAACAUCUUUAACAUGUGAGAUUCAGCCCCAUUAAGUGACAAAACCACUCCAACCAACUUCCUCUUUUCUGGUCAGCUGUAAAUUUGUGUGAGAACUUAUCAGCACAAUGUCAAGUUCAUAAGGACAAAUGAAGCAGGCUUAUUUUUAGAAUGGCAGCUAUUCACUAAAUUACACUGGUAGGGCUUUUUGAGGGCUGUUACGUCUUUGUGUCAUGUACUUUCUUUUUCUUAUCACUACUUUCAUUAAACACCUGAAAACAAAA